CAAUCGUUUCCACCAAACCUUUAAAUUACUCUCUGAUUUCUUGAGAAAUUUUAAUAUUACUCUUUUUUUACUUGAAAACUCAUAGUACAAAUGGCGUCAACAGAGGUACACAAAGUGCCCGUUUACUCUGUCAAUGAUCUCAAAUCAACAACAGACGAUGCCCUAGCACCGCAUUUAACUACCCUACCCCAGCCCUACGCCUUUACUCAAGACCACACGAAGACCAACGUCCGCUUCCUACUAGGCUAUUCUGCCGUUGCCAUUGCAGCAUUCACAUUCUACGCCGAUCGCAAGCUAGGAUGGGAGGCAACGCAGUCAACAUGGGUCAUAGCGGCCGUGGUUUCGUACUUUAUCCUGAAUACCUUGCUCACAUACUGGAUCUGGGCGGUGGAGGCUGGUGAGGUAUUCCGUGGAAAGCGCAAGUCCGGUGAAACGAUUACCAUUCGCUCCUCCGCGAAGAAACACUCUCCAUUGUAUAAGCUCCGUGUGCAGUAUACGUCGUCUGCGAACAAGGUCCUCGAGGAAAAGGAAAUUGAGACAUCUUUCACAACAUGGUUUUCUGCAGAUGGAACUUUUCAUCCCGAACCUCUUAAGAAGUGGCUAGCAAGCGAGAUCCAGGUGCUGCGACUUGCGGCAAAGGAGAAAUAAGGUCAGUUAGAGCAGCUAGAGAAUGUGAUAAGCGCUCCAGGUUCUGUAUUCUGGAAUUUGGCAAUUGGACGUACGAUAUGGGAGUAUUCCAGCAUUCCUCUGUUUCUGC